GGGGCGGGGCGGCGCGGGCGGGCAGGCGGGAUUAUUAUGGGCUGUGGGCGCCGCCGCCGCUGAGAGGAGCAAGAUGGAGCUGUCUGCAGUGGGGGAGCGCGUCUUCGCCGCCGAGUCCAUCAUCAAGCGGCGCAUCCGAAAGGGGCGCAUCGAGUACCUGGUGAAAUGGAAAGGAUGGGCCAUCAAGUACAGCACCUGGGAGCCCGAGGAGAACAUCCUGGAUUCCCGGCUCAUCGCUGCCUUCGAACAGAAGGAACGAGAGCGUGAGCUGUACGGGCCUAAGAAGAGAGGACCUAAGCCUAAAACUUUUCUGCUGAAGGCUCGGGCCCAAGCAGAGGCCCUCCACAUUGGGGAUGUACACUUUUCUGUCAAGCCUGGUUCUAGCACCUCCUCUCCCAAGCUCCACUCCAGUGCUGCGGUGCACCGGCUCAAGAAAGACAUCCGGCGAUGCCACCGCAUGUCCCGGCGUCCUCUGCCCCGUCCGGACCCCCAGAACAGCGGGAGCAUGGCGGGGGGGGCUGGCAUACGUCCUCCUGUCUCACCCUUCUCGGAGACCGUCCGCAUCAUCAACCGCAAGGUGAAACCUCGCGAGCCCAAGCGCAGCCGCAUCAUCCUCAACCUCAAAGUCAUUGACAAAGGUGGGAAACCAGCCAACGGUGCCGGGGGCCUGGCUCGGCCCAAGAUCCCCUCCCGAAACCGCGUCAUUGGCAAGAGCAAAAAGUUCAGCGAGAGCGUUCUUCGCACCCAGAUCCGCCACAUGAAGUUCGGCUCCUUUUCACUCUACAAUAAACCGUCCACUGCACCUGCCCCCUCUCUGGAGGGCAAAGGGGAGGCUGAAAGUUCCCAGGCGGCCUCCUGUGGGCUCAUUAUGGGUUCCACUCCCUAUGAUGCCCCCAGCUCCAGCUCCUCCGGCUGCCCGUCACCAGCCCCCCACUCCUCCUCUGACCCAGAUGAUUCCCCUCCAAAGCUGCUUCCCGAGACCCUCAGCCCAGCCAUUCCCGACUGGCGUGAGUCAGAGGUCCUUGACCUCUCGAUCCCACCUGAGUCAGCUGCCACCAGCAAGCGUUCUCCCCCAGGAGGCUGUGGUGGGGGGCAGACGCCCUCUUUAUCCCUCUCUUCUUCCGACCCAGAGCAGGAAACCGGCGACUGGCGUCCUGAGAUGUCCCCUUGCUCUAACGUGGUGGUCACGGAUGUCACCAGCAACCUCCUCACUGUCACCAUCAAGGAGUUCUGCAACGCAGAGGAUUUUGAGAAGGUGGCGGCGGGUGGUGGUGGAGGAGGCAGCAAGUGAGCAGCCAGGUCCCCCCACUCCAGUUGUGUGGGGGGAGCUCUACUGCGAGAAGUUGUGGUGCAAAUGGCUGUCCUCAGUUCUCUCCUUCUCCCCUUGGCUGUCCCUCUGCCCUCACUGCCACCCUUCCUCCCCCUCUCCCCCUGCCCACUCCCUCUUGCCUGGAGGCUGGAGCGUGUCAGUGGUGAGGAGUUGGGGGCACCCACUGUUCCUGGGUGUCACUGCUGCUGGGAGGAAGCAGGGAGGGUCAUGGUGGGGCUGGGGAGUGGUUGUUUGUCCUUGAAUGUGGUGUUGUCCAAUGGGCGGUGGAGCCUUUGGGGAUGAGGGAUGGGUGAGCAUGUGUCUGUGUGCCUGUGGGUGUGGUGGGGAAGGUGCUCUACCUCCUCCUUCCCCUUCCAUCACUGACAAAAACUGAAGAGGAGCUCCAGACCCUUGAGGGGAGGAUAUAAGAGGAUUGGAGCCUUUGCCCAUGCCCCCCAAGCCUUCUCCCAUAAUGUGCAUGCAGUCUCUUCCAUUCCUGUGUAUCCCCUUGCCAUGACACCGAUCCUGCCAUCUUUCCCCCUCUUGGUCUGCAUCUGCCCUCUCCUCUGCUAUCCUCAUGGUAGUUCCUGACCCAGAUGCCCCCAGAGUGAGGGGAAGAGGGGCAGGUGAAGCAUCAUUCCUGGAAGGUGCUUGAGACGAAGCUGGGAUGGUGGGGGUGCCCAAUGCAGCGUACACCCCAUAUCGGCUUCCCCUUUCCUUUGACUAUUGGUGCUACCUUGGCAGUUGUAUGGGCACUUUCAGAUGCCCUGGUCCCUCUUUAUCUUCCAACUUGCUCAGCUUUGCAGGGGAAAGGGAAGGAAAGGAGAGUCUGAUUCUGGCCCAGAUCUUCCUGCUGGUGUUCAUUACUUGCACUUGCUUGAGGGAAAGAGCAUGAAAUGUCCUUCCCUAGCCUUUCUGUGGUGGGAGUGGGCCGGGCAUCCAACCUUCAGUCUGGGGGAAGAUACACCAACAGUAUGAUGCUGCCCCAGCUGGGAGAGACUGGUCUCCCUCCUUGCACAUAAGCUUCCCCCCAGCUCCUUCAGAAGGAGGGAGGGAUGGAUGCUAAGGCAGAUUGCUUGCUUUUCCUGCUUCCUUUCGUCUCCUGUGCUCUCCCUUCCCUGUGGUGGAUGGCCUGGAAGAGGGUUCCCCUCUGUUUCCAAGUAUCUGAAACAGCCCUUACAACUGUCAACCAAAGGUGCUAAUAAGAAAUAACUCACAUUGUAUGCAUGUGCGCUUGAUCUCUUCCCCAGGAGCUGUGAACUGAUCUAGAAAUUCCUUCUCUUUGCCCCAGCAAGUAGGAGUGAGUAAGAUCAUAGCUUACUCUCCCCCUGACCACCUUUGUUCACAUCCAGAAUAAGCUCUCUCUUUGCCUCCCCUUUCUGACUUGUUCUGUUUCUGUGUGGGUCCUAAACUUCAUGGCAAGAUACCGUUUCCUUGCUCUCCCUUCUCCCCCUAUUUGCACAGGACUCAGCCUGUAGGUGCAAGGGAAAGAGGUGCUGAUCCGUCGGUGGGAGAGCCUCACCCUCUCAGCCCUGUCCCUGGUAUUUGGGAAGGGGCAAAGGGGUGUCACUUCUACGUAACUUGCUGCAGAGGUGAAAAGGGUGGAAAAACUUCCCCAUGCUAGGGCUCACCUACUUAAGGAUCUGCCCUGGGUGGGUGAACACGAGUGGAAUUAGCCCCUCUGGUGCUUCUAUACAAGGAUGCUUGUGGGCUGCUGGCUCUGAGGAGUGCUCUUGUGUGGAGUAGUGAUUUUGUGGUUCCAGUGGUCUGAGGAUAGAAGGGAGGCAGUCUGUGGGAGAGAAGUAAUACAUGUUUGCCCAAGAGGCAGUGAUGGCGUGGUAGAGGGACAGACCAGCUUCUGACCUUAAUAUAGGGCUUCUGUGCCCAGAGCUUGUCUUUUCCCUGCCUCCAGUGCCUGGGUUGGUGUAAUGCUGCUCUCCCCACAGGCUCCUCCUGCCUUGCGGCCAGUGGCAUUCAAAGCCAUGGGGCAGGGUGAAUUUGUGCCACUUGCAGUUGGGUGUCUGCGCAGACAGUCCGAGGGGGAUUCCAGGUGCUGUUAGCACCACCCUUUGCACACCUCUUUCUUUUUCUUUCCUUGGUUAAAGAGCUCAGUGGACUCUUGGGAUGCAGUUGCAUUCACAGUUGAAGCUAGGGGCAGGGAGAAAGACUUCCCCAAUCCAUUCAUCAAGCCUAAGGCUUCCUAUAACUUGUUGGACUUGUGUGUGUGUCUGUAUUAAUACCUGCCUGUAUUUUUCGUGUCUUGAUUUGGGGUUUUUUGCAUCUUUCCUGUGCCUGGCACACCCAGGGAUCCCUUAUUUUAGCAUAGCCUAUCCAUUUGACUGCAGCCUCAAAGAUGAGCAGUUUGUAGGCAUGGGAAAAGCUAGGAAAAUAAAGCUAGGGAACUAGCAAGGAGAUUCUUCUCUUUUUCCCCCCUUCCCUUCUCAACUAGAACUCUUCUGUGGCUGUGAGAUAAGAGGAGCUUUGUGGGGUGGAUGCAAACUGGCCAGUCACUUUAGGUUGUUGAGUUGCUGUUUGGUGUGUAUGUGAUGUGCUUUGUUUUGUGGUAUUGAGGUUCUGGAAAAAAAAAAAGCAUUUAAGUGGGAGAUAAAAGGGAACUUUAAUAGGAAACUCUUGAUGUGUUUUGGCCAAGAUGUGUUUGCUUGGCAGGAUUCUUUUCCCCAGUGUCUCUUGUAUGGUGUUCUUUGGGGGCAGGGGACAGGAAUUGCUUAAUCGAAGGGGUUUUGCCUUUCUUCAGAGUGAUAAGCAAAGGGACUGUCUGUGAAGAGCAAAAUAGUGGGUCAUUGUAGGAAUACCCCGUGAGGACCCUCUUCCUGUGGUAAGGAGAUGAGGGGACUUGUAGCAGAGGAACCUGUGCAGUAGAUCCUCUUUG